AUGUCAAUACUUUCUCAUCCACGUCGUCCAGUUCAUUGUGUUGGUGAAGAAGAUAAAUCAGAUUUAUUUACAUUAAUAUGGUUGGAUGAAAAUUGUAAAGAAGAUCAUGAGGAUAUAUUACGAACAAAGUUAAUAUUAAAACAAAUUAAUAAUAAUUGUUUAUUUUAUAAUGAUCUUAAUAAAUUUCGUGAUCAUUUAGUAAAUAAUUAUUUCUUCGAAACAAAAACUUUAUUGAUUACAUCAGGCUCAUAUGUUGAAAUACUUUUAAAAGAUUUUCAUGAUGGCAAACUUUCAUCAAUAAUUAUUUUUUGUCACGAGGAUGAAAAAUAUGAAAAACAUUUAAAUUCAACUCAUGUUAUUGGCAUUUGUACGGAUCAUAAUUCAUUAAAAGCAUUAAUUGAACAUUUUUUACCAUCAUUAAAGUUUCGUCUAUAUGAAAAUAGUCGUUUAAAUACAAUUUUAUCAUUAAAAACUACAUUCUAUGAUAAUACAAGUACACUUUAUUCAUAUAUUUUAUUUAUUGAAAUAUUAAAACAAGCAUCAGAUAUAAAUCAAGCAUCAAAUAUGGAUCAAGCAUCAAAUAUGAAUCAAGCAUCAUAUAUGGAUCAAGCAAAGGAUUCAAUGAUAAAUCAAAUAAAAAAUUAUUAUCAAAAUAAUUCUAAACAACUAUCAUAUAUUGAAUCUUUUCGUGAAAAAUAUAAAUCAACAAAUGCAAUUGAAUGGUAUACACUAGAUUCAUUUGUUUAUCGUUUAAUUAAUAGAGCAUUUCGAACGGAUGAUUCAGCAUUGUGGUAUACAUUUCGAUUUUAUAUUAGUGAUUUAUGUAAACAAUUGGAAGAAGUUCAUCGAGAACAAAAUAUAAAAGAACGUUUUCUUGUUUAUCGUGGGCAAUCACAUGUGCCAAAACAAGAAUUUCAGAAUAUUAUUUCAAAUUAUGGUGGAUUAAUUUCUUCUAAUGGAUUUCUUUCAACAUCGAGAUCAUUUAGUAAAGCUAAAGAAUUCAUCUUUGGCGCUCAAGAUACUGAACAAUUUCAUGUUGUUAUUUUUGAAAUUGUUGUUGAUACAAAUGAAGUAAAACAUACAAUAUUUGUUGAUGUUGCUCAAUAUUUGCCAAAUUCUAUAGAAGAAGAAAUACUUUUUAAUAUUGGUACAGUUUUUAAAAUUGAUAGUUAUGAAAAAGAAGACGAAUUUUGGCGGAUUCGAAUGCAUGUUACUGACGAAUGUAUUAUGGAAAUUAGACAACGAAUGGAAUCGAUUCAAAAGAAACUAUCAACAAUAAACAUAAAUCUUUUUUUUGGAAAAUUAUUAAUUGAUAUGCAUCAACAUGAUAAAGCUAAAUCAUAUUUUAAGAUGAUUUUACAAAAUUUACCUGAACGUGAUCAUCAAGAUCGGCCAUUAACUUACGAGUAUCUUGGCGAUUUAGAAAUGCGUGUUAAAAAUUAUUCUAAUGCAUUAAAAUAUUUUCAAGAAUCUUAUGAAUUAAAACAAAAAAAAUAUUCAGUCGAUGAUUCAAAUAUGUUUAUUAUUUACAAUCAUCUUGGAAAUUAUUAUAAAGCUAUUGGAAAUAUAAGAAUAGCUGAGAAAUAUUAUACCAAAACAUUAAAUUAUCAAAAUAAUUCAAUUAUUAAUAUUGGGAUAACAAAAUUAAAUCUUGCAACGAUUUAUCUUCUAAAAAAGAAAUAUUCAAAUGCUCGACAAAUGUGUUUCGAUGCACGAGAAAUCUUUGAACAAUUUCAACCAAUGCCUUAUGGAGAUAUUCUUGUUUGUCAAGGUACUUUAGGAGAUAUUUAUUUCAAAGAAAAACGAUAUGAUAUUGCUGAAAGUUUUUAUCUUGUUGCAUUUGAAAUGGGAAAAAAAUAUUUAUCCAUUGGUGAUCCACGUUUGAUUCAUUGUAUUUAUGCACUUGCUGAUCUUUAUCAUAAACAAAAAAAACAAAUUUGUCCAUUGGAAUUUUGUACAGAACAAUUACAAAUUUAUCAAAAAUAUUUAUCAAAUACAAAACAUAUUUGUAUUGCACAAAUUUAUUUGAAAAUGGCUGAUUUAUCAAAUGAUAUUUAUUAUUAUCGAAAAGCAAAAGAAAUUUUUGAUAAUAAUAAACGUUUUGAUUAUUUAUCAACAGCAAAAUGUCUUGUUAAAUUAGCAGAAUUUAAUGAAAAUCAUCAAAAUAUUAUUCUUUAUUGUCAAGCAUUGGAAAUCUAUCGAAAAAUUUAUCCAUCUAACCAUGCGGUGUUGAUUAAAACGGAAAAAGAAUUAAAGAAAUUGAAACAAAUAAAAAGAACACGUCAAUAUAUCGUAGCAGAAAGUGGAUUAGAUCUAACUCCAUUGAUUAAUGAUUAA